UUUUUUUUUUUGGUGGGUCAGGGUUGGGGAGAAACACCAUGGCACUCAGCAGAGUUUCCAUACUGGCAUCCAAUGUGGCAAGGGAGAAAUCAUGUAUGGCUGGGAAUGAAGCGAGAUUACUCUUUGGCCGGAGCAGCCCGAGCAGGUCAGCUCCCUGGUGAGGGCGCCUAACUUCUACUCAGGACUGGGAGAAGGGAGGGCUGAAGAGAAUGGGAAUCCCUUUCAGGAGGAAGACAAAAGCAAACCAGGAAGUAAAGGGAAAUUAUUUCAGUCUGUACAUAGCUCAGGAUGUUGAAGGCAACCAGCUCAGAAGGCUGGUUAUUCAUUAGCAAGGAGGAAGAAGCUGCGGGGGGUCAGGGCUGGUCAAGCUCCAGAAGCCGACUUGAAACUGGGGAGGAGAUUCUGGCAAUACCAGGGCCCUAAGAAGACCUAGGAAGAUUUACCUGGAGUUACCCUUUCCCGCUGCUUAACUUUUCUUUAGGAUGAAAGCAAGAUGACUCUCCUUAGAUGCUGGCAUUUGCCUAACUAAGCUCUUAUUGCCUUCCUGGACUCAGAAGAAAAAAGCCAUUCCCUCAGGGAGGAGAGAGGGUUUGCCCGUCACUUGCUUCCCAUACUGGGGUAGCCAGCAGCUGCUAUUACAGAAAAGCAGAGUUUCUCUGGGGAAAGUUUCUACCGGCUGGCCAGAAGUUGUGUUAGGGAAACCUAACCAAGCAUGGAAAGCUGGUGUUGAUUUUCACUGUGCCUGGCGUGGGCAGGGAAAGUGGAUCAGAGAGAUUUGAGAGGGGGAGGAAAAUCUCUCCCCCCUGGCCCUUAUCCCCAGUGGGGGAACAAAAAAAGCAAGGCAACAGGUUCCAAAUCAUGGGGAACUUAUGUCUGAAAUACUGCACUUAUUUGGAGCCCUGCCUUCCCUGUUUAUUCCAGGAAGUGGAUAAACCUGUUGUGAUUGAAAAUCCACAUGCCGUCUCCCCAUCCACCCCUCCAUGCCAGAGACAGACCCCCGAGUCAGAAAGGGGUCAUGGCCACUAUUUUGUGGCCUUGUUUGAUUAUCAGGCCCGGACGGCAGAAGAUCUGAGCUUCCGAGCUGGAGACAAACUUCAGGUCCUGGAUUCUUCUCAUGAGGGCUGGUGGUUUGCCAGGCAUUUGGAGAAGAGGGUAGAUGGCCCUGGGCAGCAGCUCCAGGGUUAUAUUCCUUCUAACUAUGUGGCUGAGGAUCAGAGCAUCCAGGCUGAGCCGUGGUUCUUUGGUUCAAUCAAGCGAGCAGAUGCAGAAAAACAACUCCUAUACCCAGGAAACCAGAAUGGUGCCUUCCUAAUUAGAGAAAGUGAAACUCAGAAAGGAGACUUCUCUCUUUCAGUUUUAGAUAACAAAAUUGUGAAGCAUUACCGAGUGAGAAGACUUGAUGAGGGAGGCUUUUUCCUUACACGGAGAAGAACUUUUGAUACCUUGAAUGCUUUUGUGGACUACUACACCAAGACGAGUGAUGGCCUCUGUGUCAAACUUGGAAAACCAUGCUUAAAGAAAGAAGUCCCAACUACUUUUGAUUUGUCAUAUAAGACUGUGGACCAAUGGGAAAUAGAUCGAAACUCUCUGCAACUUCUGAAAAUAUUAGGAUCUGGCCAGUUUGGUGAGGUGUGGGAAGGUUUAUGGAAUAAUACCACUCCAGUAGCAGUCAAAACAUUAAAACCAGGUUCAAUGGAUCCAAAGGACUUCCUAAGGGAGGCACAGAUAAUGAAGAACCUGAGACAUCCCAAGCUUAUCCAGCUUUAUGCUGUUUGCACUUUAGAGGAUCCAAUUUAUAUUAUUACAGAACUGAUGAGACAUGGAAGUCUGCAAGUCUAUCUCCAAAAUGAUGCUGGGUCCAAAAUCCAUCUGCCUCAACAGCUAGAUAUGGCAGCUCAAGUUGCCUCAGGAAUGGCUUAUCUAGAAUCGCAGAAUUACAUCCACAGAGAUCUGGCUGCCAGAAAUGUCCUUGUUGGUGAACAUAAUGUUUACAAAGUUGCAGACUUUGGACUUGCAAGAGUUUUUAAGGUAGAAAAUGAAGACAUCUAUGAAUCAAAACCAGAAAUAAAACUUCCAGUGAAAUGGACAGCACCUGAAGCCAUUCGAUCCCACAAAUUCAGCAUUAAGUCUGAUGUAUGGUCUUUUGGGAUACUUCUUUAUGAAAUUAUUACUUAUGGCAAGAUGCCUUAUCCAGGUAUGACUGGGAUGCAGGUAAUCCAGAAGUUGGAUCAAAACUAUAGACUUCCUCAACCAGAUAACUGUCCAUUGGAACUCUACAACAUCAUGUUGCAAUGCUGGAAUGUGGAACCCAAAGAUAGGCCAACAUUUGAAUCACUGCACUUGAGUCUUGAAGAUUAUUAUUAUGAAUUAGAUUCUUCCUCUUACUUGGAUACAAAUCAUUUUGUUAGAUGAAAUUGGAUAUGGGGCAAUGGAUGUUCAUGAAAGAAUAAAAAAGUGACUGGUUCAGAAACACAACCCAGCUAUUAACUGUGAAAUCAACUUAGUUUUGAAAUCUGGAAGGAAAAAUGUUCCAAUUUGGGAUACUUUGACCGUGUACUAUAGAAAUCAUUAUAUCUACAUUUCCUUGUUUGGACAACACUGAAGGACAGUGCAAAAAUAAUACCCCCAACAGCUACCUGCCUGGAAAGAAUAAAUAAACUAAAAACAAGCUCUUUCCCUCUUCCCCUUCUCAUUUUGAAGCUAUUUCUAUUUAUUGGUUGAAAUACUGAUCAUAAGAAUCAACAUGGUCGAUUUUUACUCUCUUAUCUGUGGCAGUAUUUUCCUGUUUGCUGAUUAGUGUGGUUAUUCAUUAUUCCUCAGUUUGCUGAAUCUCAUCCGGCUGUUAUUAUGAAGGAAUAUGAUUGCUUUGCUGCACAGCAGGACCUGUGCUUUGAGAUUUCCCCCCUCUUCUCUUUUAAAAUAUCCUGUAACUACAAUGAUAGUAAAGCCAUAUUAAAUGUCUUGAUUGUA